AUGCAUAGAUUUUCUUUGAAUUUUGAGGAUAAAAAAUUAGAAGAUUAAUUUUAAAAUGAAAAACUCUAAAAAAUAAGAAAGCCUGUUUAUUAUGCAACAUUUAUAUUUUUUGUUUUAAAUGGAAUGAAAGCAAUAUUAGAGUUUAUUAGAGGAACAAGAUUUUAAUCAGAAAUUAAUGUAGGGUUUAUAACAGUGCAAGCAAUAAUGGCAAUAAUGGUGUUAAAGAAUUAAUAAUAUAUAAAGUAGGCAUUAGUCGUUACUAACAUAAUGUCUGGAUUUUUACAAAUGAAUUUUAAUGAAGAAGCUACUGCGAAAUAAGAGUUUUAUUCUUUCGGAAAUAGUUAUGCCUUAUUUUAAGCUAUUGGAUAUUUUAUUUCAGAUUUCAGGGAUGGAGUAAUACAAGCCUUAAGUCAUCUAACAACUAAGAUAAUUAUAACAAGUAUUCACUCAUAUAAGGUUGAUCCUCUCUGUACAAGUUUAGCUAUUACAAGUACAAUUUUUAUAGUACUUACAAUAUAUGUAAGUGAUUUCAAUUAUAGAAAAUAAUUUUUAUCUAACAUAUCUGAUAAUGUUUGGGAUAAGUAACUCCCAUUUCUAAUUAAAAAACCUUAUAUAAAAUUCACUCAUAAAAAUACAUAUUUCAACAUUACUAGUUGCAAUCAAAUUCAAAAAUUUGCUGGCUAUAAAACUGAUUAUUGUUAUGGAUGUAAUGCAAGAGAAUUUUUAAGUGAAACUAAAAUAAAUAAUGUAUCUCUUUUGAAUAAACUUCUCAGUGAUUCUGUUCUAUUUAAUACUGAUAUAGAGGCCCAUUUAAAAUGUUCUAGAUUCAACAUAAGAGUUUGUAUGUAUGGCUUUGAAAAGAUGAAUCGAAUAGUGAUAUUAGAGAAGGUAAUGACAAAAGAAAAGGUUAAAUAAUUUUCUUAUGAAUUUCGAAAGGAUUUAGUUUAGACAUUGAAGUAGGGUUCAACCAAAUUUUAAUUUUUGUUAUUCUAUAAUUGGGGAAUAUAAUCAUGUUUACUGAUCAACAAUAUGUAGAUUAAAUAAGUAUCUUUAUUAGAUAUAAUUUCUAAAUUAAAUAAGACUUAUAGAAGAUAUUUAUCUCCUUUAAGAAUUAUUACUUCAAAAAAGUCUAAACUCUAAAUAAGAACUUACUCGAAUUUGAUAAAAAUCUACUUUUUCCAAAUAUAUCACUUAUUGAUUCUUACUCAACCAAGAUCUUAAGAUAAAAUUGAUGCAUUUGUCAAAGAAAAUGAAGAGUAUAUUGAAUUUCAUUUAUAAUUAAAGGCUAUGAGAGAAUUUUGUGUUCUUUACUCCAAAAACAUAUUUACACAAUAAAUAGAGAGAGUUAUUUUAUGGGAGAGAUUGAAGAAUGAUUUAAGAAUAUAAUUUAGUAAAUAAAUUUCAUUUAAGUGA